AUGGGCUCCGAGGGGCCCGCUUUCCCGCUGUGCCUGCCGGGCCUGCGGCAGCUGCAGGAAAGCUGGGCAGGGGCUUUUCACAAGGGCUCGUAUGUAGUUCUGUCGGAAUACAGGAAACCUGAAGAAGUGACAGCAGAUGAGGGCUGUGUACCUCAGAGGGGGUCAUGUCCGAGGCAGAAGAAGAUGGCCUCUCAUGCUGUGAUGGAGCUGGAGAACACCAAGGAUUCCAUCGAGGCCAGGAAGCCCCUCCUCUGCCCUUCCCACCACACAGAGGAGGUAAGGCUGUUCUGUGAGCAGUGUGACCAGCCGGUGUGCCAGGACUGCGCUGUAGACAGGCACCGGCAGCACCGCUAUGACUUCUCUGGCCGUGCCAUCCACAGGCAUGGGGAUGCCCUGCGGGAGCUGCGAAGCAGCCGGCAGCACGUGGGGACCCUAGAGGACGUGCAGAGCCAGACUGAUGACAUGGGCAGUGCCAUCCGCAGUCGCACAGAGGCUGUGGCCACAGAGAUCUGUCAGUUUGCCAGUGGGUAUGUGAAAGCCAUUGAAGAGCACCGGCUGCUGAAGCAGCUGGAGGACUUAAAGGUGCAGAAGGAAAACCUGCUGCACCUGCAGAAGGCACAGCUGCAGCAGCUGCUGCUGGAUAUGAGGACAAGCGUGGAGUUCACGGAGCACUUGCUAACGAGCGGCUCAGACCUGGAGAUCCUCAUCAGCAAAGGGGGGGUGGUGAGCCGCCUGGCAAAGCUGAACAGCAUUGCCUACAACACCAACCCCAGUGUGGACGACAGGAUCCAGUUCUGUCCCCACAAGAGGGCAGGACAGUGCUGUGGCUAUGAAGUUUUUGGGGCCAUUCUCAAUAAAGUGGUUGAUCCAGCCAGAUGUACCCUGCAUGGGGAAGAUCUCCACAGUGUCAGUCAGAACCAGCUGACUGGCUUUACCCUGCUCUUCAAUGACACCGUGGGGGAGCGGAUGGGGCAAGGAGGAGAGGCUGUGCAGGUCACCGUCACCCACAAAGACAAGAAAGAUUGUUCAGUCAAGCCAACAGUGUGUGAUAACAGUGACGGGACCUACCUUAUUUCCUACAGCCCCCAGGAGCCAGGCUUAUAUGCUGUCUGUGUCUAUGUGAAAGGGCAGCAUGUACAGGGCUCUCCAUUCACUGUCGUGGUGAAAAGAAAGUUCCAUGAGCACCAGGGAUUUCACUGCUGCACAUUCUGCUCAAGUGGAGGGCAGAAAGCUGCUCGCUGUGCCUGUAGGGGGACCAUGCCAGGUGGGUACCAAGGCUGUGGCCAUGGACACAAAGGUCACCCUGGAUGCCUCCACUGGUCAUGUUGUGGACAAGUGAAGGACAGCUCGGAGU